AUGACACGAGAGCAGUAUAUAUUAGCAACACAGCAGAACAGCCUCCAAAGGACUGAAAAUCCUCAGUUUUAUCCAGUAGGGAUUUAUGGAUGGCGAAAGAGGUGCUUAUACUUCUUUGUCCUUCUGCUAUUGGUUACCAUGAUUGUUAACUUAGCAAUGACAAUAUGGAUUUUGAAGGUUAUGAAUUUCACAGUGGAUGGAAUGGGAAAUUUGAGAGUCACUAAAAAAGGAAUACGACUUGAAGGAAUAUCUGAAUUUCUACUCCCACUAUAUGUGAAAGAAAUCCAUUCUAGAAAGGAUAGCCCACUGGUCUUACAGUCUGACAGAAAUGUAACAGUGAAUGCAAGAAAUCACAUGGGGCAGUUAACUGGACAACUAACAGUAGGAGCUGAUGCUGUGGAGGCCCAGUGUAAGAGAUUUGAAGUGAGAGCAAGUGAAGGUGGAAAAGUACUGUUUUCUGCAGAUGAAGAUGAGAUUGUCAUUGGAGCUGACAGACUCAAAGUAACAGGCACAGAAGGGGCAGUGUUUGGGCACUCUGUGGAGACACCCCAUAUCAGAGCAGAACCUUCCCAAGACCUCAAACUUGAAUCUCCUACUAGAUCUUUGGUGAUGGAAGCACCCAGGGGAGUGCAAGUCAAUGCAGCUGCAGGAGACUUAAAGGCUACCUGUAGGAAAGAACUGCACUUACAAUCCACAGAAGGGGAGAUAUUUUUAAACGCAGAUACAAUCCGCCUGGGAAAUCUACCGACGGGUUCCUUUUCGUCCUCUCCACCUAGCUCUUCUGCUCCUCGCCAGACUAUCUAUGAGCUCUGCGUCUGUCCUAAUGGUAAACUUUACCUGUCUCCAGCAGGAGCAGGCUCCACAUGUCAAUCCAGUAGCAACAUCUGCUUGUGGAGCUAA